CUCUUCCUGUUCUCGGCUUCCGUCCUCUCAGCUUCCACAUUGCACCCCCACCUGCCAGAGUUGAGACUCCCAGGCGCUGCCUAGCUUUGAGUCGGCCCUCAACCCCUCUGGCUGCAUAAGUCUCCUGACCCCCAGUGAGAGAAGAGGUGGGUCCAGGUCUCUUAAGAGCUGACGGUUGGGGGCAUUGAGCCAACACACAGACUUGUGACCUCUGCCCCCCAAAGACACCUGCACUCUCCAUGCAGAGCCAAGAUGGGGAAUGGAACCGAAGAAGAUUAUAACUUUGUCUUCAAGGUGGUGCUGAUCGGCGAGUCAGGUGUGGGCAAGACCAAUCUGCUGUCCCGAUUCACACGCAAUGAGUUCAGCCACGACAGCCGUACCACCAUCGGGGUUGAGUUUUCUACCCGCACUGUAAUGCUGGGCACCUCUGCUGUCAAGGCGCAGAUCUGGGACACAGCUGGCCUGGAGCGAUACAGAGCCAUCACCUCGGCGUACUAUCGUGGAGCAGUGGGAGCCCUCCUGGUGUUUGACCUAACCAAGCACCAGACCUAUGCUGUAGUGGAACGAUGGCUGAAGGAGCUCUAUGAUCAUGCCGAAGCCACUAUUGUUGUCAUGCUUGUGGGGAACAAAAGUGACCUCAGCCAGGCCCGGGAGGUGCCCACUGAGGAGGCUCGAAUGUUUGCAGAAAACAAUGGGCUGCUAUUCCUAGAGACUUCAGCACUGGACUCCACUAAUGUUGAGCUGGCCUUUGAGACUGUCCUUAAAGAGAUCUUUGCAAAGGUGGCCAAGCAGAGGCAGAACAGCACCAGAACCAAUGCCAUCGUCCUGGGCAGUGCCCAGGCUGGGCAGGAGCCCGGCCCUGGGGAGAAAAGGACCUGUUGUAUCAGCCUCUGAUCUUGGCCAUGGCCAACCCUGCCCCUCCUGGUUUUCUGGUAAUCCCCAUCCCCCACUGCAGGACCUUUCUCUGCCCUUUGGUUACCUUUCACAGAUACCCAGAAUCCUAGGGUCUUCAUGUCCCACCAUGCAUGUCUCUAUCAUCUGUCUACCCCCUCACAGACUAGGGCCCUCCAAUAAAGCUGUUUUGUACCAAUGCCUG